UAAUAUUUAUAGAUAAGUGAACAAACCGUAGUUUGCUCUCGCCACUUCAAACCUAGUGAUAUUAAAUGGACACCAGUAAGAACCACAUUGAAACCGGGAUCUGUACCUUCGAUUUUCCAUUGGAAGGCAGAUUCCAACACUCGACGUCCAAUUGUAAAACAUCCCAUUCCAGAAAAAAGACCAAAGCAGGAGUUUGAUGAUGAAAGAGAGAGACCCGAUGAAACAGAUUCUAUAUCAAUGUCAAAUGAGGAUGGUUCUCCUCCUCCUGAUGAAAUGCAGAGAAAGAUAGUGAGAAUCGAAGAAUUAGAGGCUUUGUUACAGAAGAAGGAUGAAGAAAUAAGGAGUAUACAACAAAAGAUGGAGAUAGAACGAUUUGGAAUCCAACGUUUUUCAAAUGACAAUUCAAUGAUACAAUUCUACACAGGUUUUACAUCAAUGGCUAUGUUUUCAGCUUUCUUUGAAUAUGUCAGACCUACUGCAACCUGUAUGAACAGCUAUUACUAUAAAUCCUGUGAUAAAUCCAAUCAGCAGAUCACAGUCAGCAAACAAAGAAGCAUGCUUUUAAUUGAUGAGUUGUUCAUGUGUGUGUGCAGACUAAAAUGUGGUCUUAUGGCACAAGAUUUAGCAGUCAGGUUCAAUUGUCAUGUGUCAACAGUUAGUCGCAAGAUCAUAACAUGGGCAAACUUUUUGUAUUUCAUUUUAGGCAGCAUGAAUAUUUGGUCUAGUAAGGAACAAAUUUAUGAAAAAAUGCCCCAGUCCUUCAAGAUGUUUUACCCCUCAACUAGAAUCAUAAUUGACUGUACAGAGAUAAAAACCGAGCGCCCAUCAUCCUUAGCACUAGGAUCCAAAUGUUAUUCAACAAGAAGGCGAUUCAAUUAUGGCAGACAAAGGGUUCGUCUUAAACAAAGUAUUAGAAGGGACAGGCAUAUCUGUCAAUACUCCACCAUUUCUUCUUAG